AACCUUUCUGAUAUACGUAAUUUCGUCACCUGACGUGUUGCGUAAUCAACCAGCGCUUGUUCCCCUUGCACAGUCUAGACAAGGUCGUAGCUAGCUAGCAUUGCAAGGAGCCUCUCUCGCUAAAAAGAUGAUGUCCCUUGCCGCUCGUUCGGGGGUAUUUUCUCCAUACUUGCAGGCUACGAACUAUGCAGUUGCUGGACCCCUCAAAGCCCUUAUUCCAGGGGUGGUUGUAAAAGGAGAGAAAGUGUUGGUAGACACGAAGAAACCUUUCCUUACCCGCGAGUCCCUGAACGGUCAGAGUCCAAAGACUGGGCCUGCAGUAUCAGUUAGCAUAAAUGCAAAAGCUGCAGUCCGAUUCGCUCACACUGACAUCAAGGUGCCAGAUUUCUCUGAUUACCGUCGGCCUGAGUUGCUUGACCCCAAGAAAUCUUCUCAGGAGAGCAGCGAGUCCAGGAAAACCUUCUCCUACCUUGUCACCGGGGCCACAGCCGUGGUUGGUGUCUACACAGCCAAGACCGUGGCCACACAGUUUAUCUCUUCCAUGAGUGCCUCAGCUGAUGUCCUGGCCAUGUCCAAGAUCGAGGUCAAGCUGGGAGAGAUCCCAGAGGGCAAGAAUAUGACCUUCAAGUGGAGGGGCAAGCCUCUGUUCAUCCGCCACCGGUCUGAGAAAGAGAUCGCCGCCGAGGAAGCUGUGGAUAUGGCUGAGCUACGUGACCCCCAGCACGACAAGGACCGCGUCGCCAACCCAAAAUGGAUCAUUGUUAUUGGCGUGUGCACCCACCUGGGCUGUGUACCCAUCGCCAAUGCUGGUGACUAUGGUGGAUACUACUGCCCCUGCCAUGGCUCUCACUACGAUGCCUCUGGCCGUAUCAGGAAAGGCCCAGCCCCACUCAACCUUGAGGUGCCCUUCUAUGAGUUCCCAGAUGAGGACACAGUAAUUGUAGGCUAAAUUUUUGGACUGAGAUCACAGAUCAGUGUGUUUCUGUCUGGCUCAUUAUUCCAUCCAUUAGCAGGCACAACCUCUGUUUCAGGGUGGCAUAAAUUAUUGUAAGUAAUAAAUGUACAUUUUAUCUGAUUGAAAACCUCUCAUGUUAUUUAUUUACCCAAUCUCAGCUAAAUCUUAUAUUGUACCAAAAUACGACCUGGGUUGUAAAUGAGUAGUGGGGUUUCUUUCGCCUUUCUUAACAUGGAAUAGCCUACUAACAAUAAUGAUGUUUUAAUAGUGCAGGUACAAGGGGAUUGACCAAGACUUUGCUGCUCAAUCAAAAACGUACACCUGCUUGCAGACAGUUGCCUACAAUUGUGUCCGGAGGUGAUUCUAAAGGGUUAAUGUCAUGAAUGAUGGCUUUACGUUCAGUUUCAGAGAUAUCCAAAAUGGAUAUUGGAUAUUGUUGGGAUGAUUUAGAGUGCUAGGUUCAGUUGUUUAAUGGCGAUAUUGAUUUUCUAAUCAAUAUCACUGUUUUGCUUUGGUGGUGGUCACACAGAUUAACAUUACACAUUCUAUACCAGAAAGAAAAGUGGUCAGUGGGUGCUGACAAGGGCAUUGUUUAAAUUGAUGCUAAUGCAACAGAACAGCCAGAUUACACUUUUGUAUUAAUGAGCUAUCCAUCUGUAUACAGAGUUAUGUACAAAUGCAUGCUCAUGUUAAGCUAAUAAAUGUUUCACAGAAAAUCA